AAAAUUGUACUUGAAGACUUAGAACCCAAUUAAAAAUUAGUAGCAAAUAAAACACGAUGGGGUCUGCACGUUUAAUACUUUCACUUAUAGGAAUUUUUAUCAUUUCUACAUUGGCACAACCCACUUCUCGAAUUUGGGGUGGAGAAGAAGCUUCCAAAAAUGGUUUCGGAUAUGUGGCUUCCGUGAGAUUGGAUGGCGCCCAUAUUUGUGGCGGUUCAAUUAUUGGAAAAAGAUCCAUUUUAACGGCAGCACAUUGUGUCGUUGAAAAUAAUAAAACAGUUUCUCAAAAUCGUUUGGCUGUACGUGUUGGAAGUACAAACCAAUUUUCUGGUGGUAAACUGUAUUAUAUUUCUGGUGUCUCAGUACAUCCUAAUUACGGCGGCGUUAAAAAUGAUAUUGCAGUUUUGACAUUAGAAUUGACUUUAGAAUGGACGGAUCGCAUUGCUAUGAUAGAUAUAGCUACCUCUUCCACAGACGAACCUACUGCCGGUGAAUCAGUUAAGGUGGCUGGAUGGGGUGAUCAAUCAUCUGACGUAUCAUCACAUAAACUUCACACAAUAUCAUUUGAUAUUGCCACUGAGGAGGUGUGCGAGGAUGCUUUUAGUGGAAAGGAAAAUUCUACAAUUUGCUUAGCGCAUGAUUUAAAGAAGGGAAGUUGUAUCGGCGACGCUGGCAAUGGUGCUGUUUUUAAAAAUAAAUUAAUUGGUGUUAGCAGUUUCAUUGUGGGUGCAUGCGGAUCGCGUUAUCCAGAUAUUUUCAGUAAUGUGGUUUAUUAUGCCUCUUGGAUUACAAACGAAUUGGUAUAAACAUAAUACCUAUUGACAUAUAUAAUACUAAUACAAUAAAUCAAAAAAUCAAUAUUUUAAUUAUCGAA